CUGCAAGCAAGUGUAAAGCGCAGCCAUCGUGCAGAAAUAGGAGAUACGUCUACAUCCUAAACUUAGAGAAGAGUUUGAUGGAAUCUCGAUGUUUGGCAGCACUAGAAAACUGACGUAUCCUAUCCUUACUAAUACUCAGAGAAUAUAGCCAAAGUGAGGCAGCGCGACUCCUUCGUUGAAUUGACAUUGUUUAUGCAAAGUAAAGCUGCCAUUGAACUUCAUCACAAGGUCUGGACUAAAACAUUUCUUCAAAUCCCUCAAUUGUUCAUCCUAUUUGUCUGCGUCAGAGCCAACCCCUAGGGUUUCAGCGUAUCCAGGAAAAAAGUGUAUCUGCAAUGGGCAAUCAAUAUCCGAUCUUCAUAUCUGUCUUCUUAUUCAUCAUAUUCCUUCUUUCAUAUAACUGGAAACACAUUGACCAUUAUUUCAAAUGUCAAAGAUGUCCAGAUACAACAAUGAUGCUAAAUAAAGAGGUCCAAAAUGUCACAAAAACCAGCCCACCAAUCAUUUCUUCACCAAAAGAAACUCUUCUCCUGCUUUGGAACUGGCCAUGGGGGGCCCGUUUUCCAUUAGAUAAGUGUGAGACAGAGUAUAGUAUUAAGGGGUGUAAGCUAUCUGCAGAUAGAAGUUUGUAUAGUGCAGCUGAUGCAGUCAUCAUUCACCAUGCAGAUAUUAUGGGCAAUAGAAAUGCAUUGCCCCAACAGCCAAGAAAUCCUUAUCAACGUUGGAUAUGGCUCAACUUGGAGCCACCACUAAUUAUCUCAAACCUAGACAUGCUGGAUAAUUUGUUCAACUUGACAAUGACGUUCCGUCGCGAUUCAGAUAUUUAUAAUCCAUACGGCCAUAUUGAAUCAUUAGAAGAACCUCAAAACUUCACUAUUCCAGCAAAGUCUAAGUUGGUAUCUUGGGUGGUGAGCAAAUGGUACCCUGGUAUACGUCGUAUCGCUUAUUAUGAAGAGCUGAAAAAGCACAUAUCUGUUGAUAUUUAUGGGGCCAGACAUAUGAAACUGAGCGGAGAGAAGUUUCAGUCAACGAUUUCUCAGUACAAAUUCUACUUGGCAUUCGAGAAUUCUGUCUAUCCAGAUUAUAUUACGGAAAAACUAUGGAUUAACGCUCUGGGUUCAUGGACAGUUCCAGUUGUACUGGGUGCCUCUCGUGAAAACUAUGAAAAGUAUAUACCUGGAGAUGCCUUCAUACAUGUUGAUGACUUUCCAACUGCAAAGGAACUAGCUGCCUACCUUCUUGAAUUAGAAAAGAAUGAUGAGAAAUAUAGAAAGUAUUUCAACUGGAGAUCCCGACAUAGGGUGAGCCCUUGGAAGGGGUGGCCAUAUUCUUACUGUAAAGCUUGUGAGACAAUACAACAGGGUCCAAGAUAUCAGGCCAUUCGUAGUGUGGCAAAGUGGUUUCUGUAAGAUGGGCAACACUGCCUUAUGGCCAAUGCAGGACCUAGUGGGACAAGACAUGACAUAGAGAUUCAAAGAACAUCAUUGAUACCAUUCCUGUAGUAGUUUUAAGGUGGGACCAGUGAUGUAAAUGCUGCUCAAUAGUAAUAGAAAUAUGGAUGCUUUUAAGUUCUAUUUAACAGCAUAUACAGUUGCAAGAAAAAGUAUGUG